AUGGGGCUGUCCUUUACGAAGAUGUGGACCCGGUUGGCGGGCACGCAGGAUAGGAAGAUCGUCAUGGUUGGCUUGGAUGCUGCCGGAAAGACAACCGUGCUCUACAAGUUGAAGCUGAAUGAGCUACUGAUGACCAUUCCCACGAUAGGCUUCAACGUUGAGACGGUGGAGUUCAGGAAUAUCCGAUUCACAGUCUGGGACAUUGGAGGCCAGGACAAGAUUCGCCGGCUUUGGCGACAUUAUUUCCUUGGUACUCAUGGGGCCAUCUUCGUCCUGGACAGCACAGACCGCGAUCGUCUCCAGGACGCACGUGAGGAGCUUUGGCAGAUGUUGAAGGACCCGGAGCUUGGACAGGCCGCCUUGCUGAUACUCGCCAACAAGCAGGACUUGCCGGAUGCCUUGCCGCCGGAUGAGGCGCGAUUCCAUUUUCAGGAGUUUCAAGCAUCGGCAUCGGUCGUUUUGUUUGUCGCAAACUUCAUCUUGAAGCGAGCCAGUCACGUGACAGUGACAGCUCAGUUCGCAAGCACCCAGAUGGACCAAGAGCAUUGCUCUGAGGUGGCCGAGAAGUUGGGCCUCAGCGAGCUGCGUGGCCGCCAGUGGUUUGUGCAGCCCACGAGCGCCACGAAAGGCUCCCUCACUGCGAUCAACGUGAUUUGUGAUAUCUACGCCGUCUGUGUCCACCAGGUGUUGGCAUUUGGGAGGGCUUGGACUGGCUGUCCAAAGCCAUGGUAUCCCAUUGAGAUCAUUGAGGAUUACACAAAUUGCAAGUUUUGUUCCUUCAGGACACCCGUCCUCGCUUCGAUCCGGCUGGCCGGUGUAUGCAGUCCUGCCACGAGCAGGAGGCACUGGUGCCAGGCUGCGUCGCAGUACGCCCGAUUCUUUCAGGAGCGCACGACUGCGGCUCCGUUUGUACAGAUGGACGACGGCCGUCAACUGAAUGCGGCAAAAAGAGCGAUGCCUGAUAUUCAAUACUUGGGCAAAGCCGGUCCGACCGAGUGGAGCAAGCUGAGCACUUUCACUGUUUCUGUACGCGGCGUGAAACAUGUUUUCGUUUGGGUGACAUCAGGCGACACUUUCGGCAAGACUCGGGCGAACGGUUUCCUCGAAAGGUCCUGUUCCGGAAAGCCGGAAUUUGCGAUGCAGGAGGCUUUUUGGAAUGACCGCCAUCACGUCUUGCACGGCGCUGCGAACACGGAGUUCCACGAGUCGGACAAGGAGUAUUUCUCAGUCUUCCUUGCCCCACGCAGCAAGCGUGUCGUUCCCAAACGGCAGAACGGCUGGACGAGGCAUCUUUUCGCGCACAGGCAACGCGGAAAUCCGGAUGGUAUGGAUGAUGCGGACAUGCCAUUCGAGCUUAUGCAUAGGAGUGAUGCCAGGAUUGCGGUUCCUUCCGUGCCAGGCAAAAGCAAUCCGUUUGGCUCCUUGUUGGAUCGAGGGAGCAUUUUUCCCGGGGUGCAGCGCAACGAGCUUUUGAGCGGAAAAAGGAAUGAGUAUCUCUUCGGUGUGUACCCGAUCCUGCUUGCGCUGCGGGCGGGGAAGCGGAGCUUCAAGACCCUCUGGAUCCAACAGAGGAGGGGCCCGGUGACGGUGGAGAGGAAGGAUGACGAGGCACGCCAGGAAAUCGAGGAGCGCAGCAAGUCGUUGGGAGUUCAGCUGUUCCGGUGCUUUAAACGAGAUGUGCUGGAUGAACACAGUGGAGGUCGCCCUCAUCAAGGACUGGUACUGAAGUGCACGAAGUCCUCUGUCAAGACGGUGGAGGAGCUGCCAAGACCUUCUAAAGGGGCCCUCUGGCUGGCCCUCGAGGGCGUGACUGACCCUAUGAACCUGGGUUCGCUUCUGCGGUCGGCAGCCUUCUUUGGCGUGGAAGGGGUGAUCUGUGAGAAUGGAUGCGCCCGCUAUUCACCCGUGGCGGCCAAAGCAUCUGCCGGAGCGGGUGAGAUGAUGGACAUCUUCCACUCGAGGGAUCUAGAGACGCUUCUUCCAAGGGCCCAGCGGCAGGGCUGGCUGGUGGUCGGCGCGGCCUUGCCGGUGGAAUCGGCAGAGCCGGAGUUGCCCAGGAAAGAGCCUGGGCCUCCCUACAGCUCCUUGGACGACUGGCUGGGGGAGACGCGCCAAGCGCUGGACCAGGGCGUGUUGCUCCUGCUCGGCCCAGAGGGCCCCGGCCUUCGCACUCAGGUUCGGCGUGGCUGUGACCGGCUCGUUGGCAUCUCACGCAUGGGGGAGAACUUGGACGGCUUGGACUCACUGAAUGUCGGUGUGGCAGCAGGCAUUGCCUUGCAUGCGCUGCGUACGGCGCUGGGUCCGCCACGGCCCCGCGAAGCUCCUGUGACCACUUUGGCACGAAAGCCGAGACUUGCCUGA